AUGACGACCCCGUCCUCCACCCUCGCGCCCAUCUCCCCCAUCACCGCCGCCGCACCAGCCCAAUCCCUCACCACCGCCCUCAGCGUCCCCGCCAUAAACUCUACCCCCGUCGAGCUAGACGGCACCCCCACGUCCCCCAGCGCCCCAUCCCACCAGCGCGACCUCGCCACGGCAACGACGACCUUCUCGCCCACAGACGACGAGCUGCUCGAGGCCCUCGACGGCGCGGCGCCAGGCGUUAGACAAAGGGAACGCGAGAAGAGGGAGCGCGAACAGGAGGCCCGCCGCAGGGAUCCGGCUGUUCUGGUGGAUAUCCCGCAGGAGCCGCGCGCGGAGGAGCUGGAGGCUGCGGAGGCGGGCGCGGGGGCUGGGGAGGGGAGUGGGAGCGGUGCUGGCGAGAUGACGGGCGCGGCGGGGGUUGCUUGA